AAUCUCAUCUGUACCUACCGAUAUAGAAAAGUCACCAUUCGGGUCUUUGAAACAAGGUAAUGAUUCGAUAAUGGAUUUUUACAGAAAAGUGAAAAAAUAUUAUAAAUUACUCAGGAAUGUUGAAGAGCUUCAUCUUAAAAAUCAUUUUAUCCAUACACUAACCAUAACUACAAAUAUGUCUGAUAAAAAAAUUCCGGUAUCUACACAAGCUAAUCUUUCUAUAAAUGGGAAAUGUCUCAAAAAUGUUUUUAUUGCAGGAUUAAAUUCCGAUAACCAGCCAGUAGCUGAAAAAUACGGAGAGGGUCUUCCAUUAGAAAAGUUGGUAAAACUGCUGAUUAGAAAUGAAAUAUCCGCUAAGUUUGAUUCACCUCCUCCAUAUCACCCAUAA